GAAUAUUCGUCUUGUGAUUGACUUUGGAACUCUGUGAACUCGUCCUAAAUUCUUCCUCUGAGGAGGUGGCUAAAAAAAGGAUCCUUUGCCAAGGGGGCUGGGGCGGCCGGUGUUUUGAAGUGUUAGCCCUCAUUCAUUCAUUCAUUCUUGGGAAUUCAUUAGUGCAUGAAGCCCUGAGCUAGCUAGUGGGGGUGGGAUGCUGUGCCUGCUCCCAAGGACCUCACGACCUGCGAGGGAAAGCACAGAUCAGUCACCUUCCUGCUGGGCACCAGCCCUGAGCUGGGUGCCAGGGACAUCGAAGGACAAGGAGGAAGCAGCCCCUGCCCUCAGGGCCAGGGCAGAACAUGAAGCUGGCCGUCAGAAAUAGGGCACCUCCCUCUCUCUGAAGGACUCCUCUUGGAGGACCCAGCCAGUGUCCAUGCAGCGCUAGCCCGGAGGAGGGACUGCAGGCGCCGUCCAUGUUGUCCUCCGUUGGCACCGAGAGCACUUCCUCACUUGUGUUGGCAGCAUGCCUUCUUUGACCACGCCUCUGGAGGAGAAAUCUCCUGGCCCCGAGGACAAGCCCAAGGGGAAAUCCCUGUUCGGCCUGGGCUCCCUGGCUGGGAACCGGAGUGAGAAAAUUGUCAUUGCCAGAAGCGACAGCGCCCCCGAUGAGAAUGUCCUCAAGAUCACCAUAACAGAGACCACGGUCAUUGAGUCAGACUCAGGCAUAUGGAAUUCCCAUGCUCUCCUCUACCUCACCUUGUGGUUCUUCUUCAGUUUUUGUACUCUCUUUCUCAACAAGUACAUCUUGUCCCUGUUGGAAGGCGAGCCCAGCAUGCUGGGAGCCGUGCAGAUGUUUUCCACCACGCUGAUUGGCUGUAUUAAGAUAUUUGUUCCUUGCUGCUUAUAUCAACACAAAGCUCGCCUGUCUUACCCAUCCAAUUUCAUCAUGAUAAUGAUAUUCGUUGGACUAAUGAGGUUCGCCACAGUGGUCUUGGGGCUGGUCAGCUUGAAAAAUGUGGCUGUUUCAUUUGCCGAAACGGUGAAAAGCUCUGCCCCUAUCUUCACGGUCAUCAUGUCCAGGAUGAUUCUAGGAGAAUACACUGGACUGCUGGUGAAUCUAUCCCUCAUCCCCGUUAUGGGUGGUCUUGCACUCUGUACAGCUACUGAAAUCAGCUUCAACGUCCUGGGGUUCUCUGCAGCCUUGUCCACUAACAUCAUGGACUGUCUGCAGAAUGUAUUUUCAAAGAAACUCCUGAGUGGGGACAAAUACAGGUUUUCUGCCCCAGAACUCCAGUUUUACACCAGCGCUGCUGCUGUGGUCAUGCUCGUUCCGGCUUGGAUCUUCUUCAUGGAUAUGCCAGUGAUUGGAAAGAGUGGGAAAAGUUUCCAUUACAAUCAAGAUGUGAUCUUGCUGCUCCUCAUGGAUGGUGUCUUAUUCCAUCUUCAGAGUGUCACAGCCUAUGCCUUGAUGGGAAAGAUCUCUCCCGUCACAUUCAGUGUGGCCAGUACAGUCAAGCACGCACUGUCAGUCUGGCUGAGUAUUAUUGUGUUUGGGAACAAGAUCACCAGCCUGUCGGCCAUUGGGACGGUUCUGGUGACCAUUGGCGUGCUGCUCUAUAACAAAGCCAAGCAGCACCAGCAGGAGGCCAUGCAGAGCUUCGCCCUGACCGCCAGUGCGGGCGCCCCAGAGGACACGGAACCACUGAUUGCCAAGGACUCAAAGUCGUACCACUGACCUGGUCUGCCGCUCACUUCCGCCAGUGUACCGUUGCGUGCAUUAGACCCUGCAUCUUGUGGGACCCUUCCUUUCCUCACUGCUAACAACUUGAUUCUUCCUUAGAUGUGCAGAUGGGGACUGGGGUGGGGACCAAGGCAGCUGUAAAGUGAAGAAGCCACACACUGUGCUCCUCUGAGUAUCACCAGCGGUAGCAAAAGGCACUUCCUUCUCCUGUCACAAGUACUGGACAAGACCCCUGAGCAUCAGCACCCUGGAGAGGGGCAGCUUCCACUUAGCACUGUCCCCAAAAUAAUGUGAAAACAAUAAAAAAUGACCUGCCACUGUCUUUGGACUUCUUGUUGGGGGAUGGAAUGGGGCACCAUGCAGAAAACAGGCACCGUCCCCCUGCUCCUGUGCAAUGUGCUCGAGCUGAGGGUGGCCCAAGACUUCCUGUGGAGGAUGAGUGGAAACUGUGAAACCGGAGCUUGAUCCAGGGGCCAAGGUGAAUGUGUUACUGCCCUCAGAAACCACUGCCCUUCCCCAUCGGAAUUCACUAAAAACAGAAGAUCCAGAGGUUUGGGUCCUCUGAUCCCUACGAGUCCUUAAAUGAAAAGCAAAUCAAGACUGACAAACCUCGUAGAUGAUUCCCUCCCCCCAGGGGAGAAGGGGGCUUCACCACAUUUCUUCUUCCUUCAGAAUCUGCGAUGAGCCUUCAGCCCCCAAGGAGGCCACCAGGGCUGCUGAUGGGCCAGAAAUGGCAAAGCUGGCUGUCCUGGGGACCAGAGGUUUGAUGAGGUAACCAUGGCUCUUUGUGGAACACUCGGGUCCAUCCAGGGCAGUUUUCCCACAAGCCCUUAAAGGAGGAAGAUUGAGGGGCAAGGGCCCAGAUUGGGCUCCCUGCUGCCAGUACCUCCAUGUUUUGCCAUUUUUUCCUUAAAAAUAUCACAAUCUGCGUAUUAAAAAACAAAAACAAAACCCCCUCCCGGCAAAUCAGUGAUAUGUCAUAGUAUGAGAUAUUUAGAAAAAGGGGUUGUUUCACAGGCUUGCUUUAAAUUAUGGAGUGUAAUAAAGAAAGUUGGACUCCCUUGUGUCCCUGCCCUGACAAUGGCUCCUUAGAAAAAGCAGUGCUGUCCUUUUGUGCUGAAGGGCUUUCCCUUCUCAUCCUGUUGGCCAGCCAAGCACAACCCCAUGGACCAGUGCCCAUAGCCCCUGCCUCCUGAUAGUGUGGGAGUAGAAUAUUAACUGAGGGUCAUUUCUCAGUUCUGGUUCAUUUAAAACAUGUCUCAGAAGUUGUAAUUGUUUUGGAUCUUCUUCUGAGAAUGGGUGUGCUUUUUUAUUUUUAAAUUUAGCGUCAGCUCUAAUGCCAGGUGGUUUUCCUUCUUACUUAGCAUUGGUGGGUUUAGAGCUACCAUUACGUCCCUCCAGGUUUGCCCCACUCAUUGACUUUGUGAAGAUGUUAAGUUUCUUUUUCUACGUGAGAUGAUGAGUAGAGGAAGAAAGCUGAUUAAGAGGUGUUAGUGUUUACAUUUUUGGUUAAAAUAAACUUUAAAAAAUACUGUAGUUAAAAAAUGCAUAGACAGGCUUUAGAGCGGAUUUCAGGGAAUAACAAAUUGCGUUUUGUAGGUAAAGCUAGAAUCUUAACUAAUAGCUUGUCUUACCCCUGUGGCUCCAAGUGACCAAAGGAAGGACCCUAUCUUCUCUUAUGACAUUCCCUUCUGUUUAUGAAGCGGCCCCAUUUUAGAACAUUUUGUUUAAAAAGUGCAGUCUGCAUCAUGAAUCAGAAGUUUCAGAAAUCGGUUCUGUAUUCCAACUUCUCCCCGAUGAUGCCUUUCCUAGUGUCUGUUGACAUCCCUGGAACUAUUUGUAAGUUGAAUUGUCAGAGGGAGACAGAUGGAGUUUGGAAUGGGAUGGUGGGGAGAGAAUUUACCUUUUUUCCCCACAGUCUGACCUGAAGGAACUUUGGGUGUCAUUGAAGGGGGAGGUAGGAGUAGCAGACAUUUGGGUGAUGUGUAUUGUUACAGUGCUUUUUGAAGAAGAUAUUCUUCAGAUUGAAGUUUGGGGUUUCUAUGAUGGUCUAUACUGAUGUUCUCUCCCCAUUUUUAACCUGGGGAAGGAAUGGGGAAAGGGAUUUUCCAUAAUGUGAGUUUGUGGUGUUUUUAUACUGUCUUGAUAGCCCUGAUGCUUCUCAGAAUCAGCUGCAUGGACAGUGGGGUUUCCUCUCCCCCCCCCCGUGAAUAAUAAAGAGAAAAGCCACUUGGGGUCCUGCAUGUUAUACUGUUCCCUUCCCCCAUCUCAUUUCCUCUCCCUCCUGCCCAGUUUGGCCUCCCCUAAUGAUCUCAUUAGCUUUCUGCUUGGCUUCUCACCAGGAAAAUUGUAAAAUGCUUAGAGUAACUACUCUAGUAGAUCAAAUCUCUUUGAAACAAAGAGCAAUAAUUAAGUCUUGUUAAGUUCUUCCUGUUUGGAGAGGCUUGCAGAAAGCAGGAGAGCAAACAGCAGGCCUGUUAGCUUGCAGAGGCCUCUUCAGUAAGUUAAACUCAUGUCUACAGUGGACAUUCCAGAUGUGUUUACUCGGACUGGGAAGCGUUUUGUCUCCAGUGACCUUCCCGUAAAGCCACUUUUCCUUCUUCCUAAAAGAGAGAUUGAAAUUGAAGAGGAUUCACUUCCCAUUGCUGGGUUGGGGGUGGAGCACGGCGAGGAGAUUCUGCCGGUCUGUGAAGACCACUGCAGACAGCAUCAACCAAGUCCCUGAUUCUGCAGCCUUCCACACGAUGGAAGGUUAUGCAUCUUUGCUCUGCCCCCUCUCCAGCUUCUCCUUCUCUGCCCCUUGAAGAUCGCACUCAGCUGGAGAGGGCUGAAAACUCUGGGGGCCGGGUACCCCGUGACAGAGAGCUGACAUUUACAAGAUUUGCCAGAUACCCUGGAAUGAGGUCUGUGGGUCUUGGGCAGGCAUCCCACAACCUGUGUGUCCUCAGAGAGCCAUUGAGCCUGUGGCUCCUGAAGCUGCCUGCGAGCCGCCUUUAAAGAAGACAAAAGACAACGCACAACUCUUGUAGUACUCAGGCCUUCCUGACUCCAGGAACUCCCCCUCACCCCCUUAACAAACAAAACUCAAAACAAGGAUUGAUAAUAUGAAUUCAUUGCUGAAUCAGUAGAUGAGGCAACAACAUAUCACACGAUUAUUUCUGGAACUAUUUGCCUCUCGUGAUAUGGAAGACUUCAGAUUUCCUACAUCCAGCAGCCGGACCUGGGACCUCGCUUUGGAUUGAGUGUCCUUGUUCCAUGUUGAGUCAUGUCAUGGAUGCCAUCGAUGGGCGUUCUGGGGCCGCUUUACAUCCAGGGAAUGUAAAUGUACAGAGAUGGUCUAUUUUUGUUCACUUUGGCUAAGGUAUUUUAGUAACGCUGGCCCCUUCUACUCAAGCCGUCAUCCCUGUGUCCAUAGGAACAAGUAUGUGGGGCUUUGGGGUUGGUUUGCUUGCUUUUUUAGCAUUUCAUUCUGUUAACCUGGCACUGAUUUUCCACCUAGAUUUUCUGUUCGUUAUCUGUGUCAUUUAUGAAGGAAAAAAACACUUGAACCAACUCCUUUGGACUUGGCCCAUUUCCUUGGCCAGGACAGAGACAUCGUGUGGCGGGAGUGGAGAUUGGAUCCUGGCUUUGAGGACAUGGAGGAAGGCUCGCCUUCAAACCUUGCUUCAGAACCUGAGCAAGUUGUUAGUGGUGCAUGAUCCCAGGCAAUUCGCCAAGAACCCUGAGUUACAGAUGGGUUGUCAGCCUACACGAGUUGAAGGAUGUUUCUGAACUGGAAGCUUUCUAAAUGGAUCAAGUGUAGGCUUUUAUUCACAGUUCCAGAUUUGUGUGGGGCGGUGGAGGUGGAGGGUUAGGGAACAUGGCUUAUAGCCAGUCAUUGAAAUGUAUUAAGUCUCCAAUUCAAUUCUACAAGCAUUUAUUAAGCACCUACUAAAUGUAAGACACUAGGGAUGCAGCUUAUAUACCAGAUGAAAGGCGAUGUGCCAGGGUGGACAGGGGGCCAGUAUUGAAAUUAGGGAGACCUGACACUGGCUGGAUGACCCCACACCUCUUGGUGCUUCCAGGCAACUCUCAGAGUACAAGCUACAAAUGAGCCUGCAUUGGGGAAAGGAGCUUCUGCCCCAAGAGUUUCCUGCCCAAUGAAAUGUAAUCUCUGUGCUUCUUCUGCCCCUGAUUAUAAAACAAAGAAACAGGCAGAAAAACUCAAUGGAUGUGGAGUUCUGUAAGGUUUUUCAGAGUCGAUGAAGACAUUUCCAUUCUUAGUGGCACAUAGAUUCCAAUGGCUGUACCUAUGGUCCUCUCAACAUGGAUAUUCAGGGCAGUCAUUUUGAUGGCUCUUCACAUGGCUUGCUCAUCAUUGUUCAGCAUGAGGGAUUGGCCCAGUGUGCUGGAACAUCCAUUUUCUCCCCAUAUGAGCAGCCCAUCUCUUUCCUUUUUUUUCCCCCCUCCAGCACACUCAAUUGGCAUAGAAAGCUUUUAUUUAAAAUCCAAGGGAUCAUGUUAUUCAUGAUCCUAUGAGCUGUAGCUCUCUUCUACAAGUGUGUGUGUGUGUGUGUGUGUGUGUGUGUGUGUGUGUGACACACACACAUUUAAAGACAGGCCAACAUGGGGUUCAGUAGUAUGUAAAGACUAUUUCAAAGAAAGUUGUCUUUUACACCUCUUCUCUCCCCAACCCCCAUCAGUUUUUAAAGAUAUUUUCAAGCCAUUGGGCUCUCUAUUCUACACCUAUGCUUUGGUAUGAGUUGUCCCACAGAACAAUGUUUGGAUCGGUUGUAGCAUUAAAGGAAGUACCAUAUGGCUUUUGGAGGGGGGGGGGCGGGACAGGGAAGAUUAAGUGACCUGCCCAGGAUCACACAGCUAGUAAGUGUUAAGUGUCCGAGGUCAGAUUUGAACUCAGGUCCUCCUGCCUUCAGGGCCAGUGCUCUAUCCACUGCUCCACCUAGCUGCCCCACUCAUUUGAUUCUUGCUUUAAACCAAGCGAGAACUAAGGGCUGAUGUUUUUGGACCUGAUCUGCCUGGGCUUUGGGCCCUUCCUUUUUUAUUGGAUAAAGUGAGCUGGGCCUCUGAGCUCAGGCCCCCAAGGGGUGUCUUGGUUUUGUUUCUCUCUGCCCACCAAAGGCCAGGGAAGGGAGAUGUGAAGAGCAUCCUGGCACCGUGUGUACAGGUCUGCCCCUCUCUGGCUGUCCAGGAGCUCUGGUUUCUUCCGAACUUAGCGUUUAGAAUGGUGAGAUGUUGCCUUAGAUGGACUUAGGUGCUUUGCCCAGAUACCUAGAUUUCAUCUGAAAAAAAAAAAUAAAACAGCAAACCCUGCCCUGUCUUCUAAGAACAAUUUUUGUUUUAAUUCGGGGCACCAAAGCCCAGCUUUGAUCUGUUACUUUUAAGCUGUCAGCUGUCUCAAAUAGAUGUUGGUGAGCUGAGCCACCAUAUAGACAUGAUAUAAAAGGUCAGUGAACAGCCCUGGAUUCAGAAGGACCUGAGUUCAAAUCCAGCCUCAGACACUUGACACUUACUAGCUGUGUGACCCUGGACGAGUCACUUAACCCUCAUUGCCCCGCUCCCCCCCCCCAAAAAAAAAGGUUAAUGGGAGGGCACAGGGCCAGACUCCAGGGUCACAGGGGCCAGGUUAGACGAUGAGCACUGUCAAGGAAGUGAGCCAUAGUUUGUGGGUUUGACAGUGGGUGUUUACAUCCUGCUUUUAAUCACCAGUUUCCAUCCAUGAUGGCAUGCCAAGGGCUCUCAUGUUCCCCAAACAGCCAUAAACUAGGAUUGUUUGACUCAACAAAGCUGCCAACACAAAGCUCACUCAGAAGAAGCGUCCUUACCUGAACGGGGACCAGCCAAGAAACAACUUGUUUGGUUUGUUCAUUUGAUCUGGGGGCAGCCCACACGUAUCCUGUCCCCACUAUGUUUGCUAAACCAAUGUUUUCCCCCCUCCCAGAGCUGUAAGACUUGAGCAAAUGAAGACCUUUGCACUUGAGGGAUGGUCUUUGGCUGCAUCUCAGAUCCUAAGCGCUGUAUCUUGUUGGGUUCUUUUCACAUUUACACCUGUGAGAAUCAAGCCAUAUGUAGUAUUCUGCCUGCUUGGUUAAUAAGGACUAGAGGCAUGCUGGAAAGAAGGAAAGAGAACUCUUAAGAAUUUGCCUUAAACAACUGUUGGUGCAGAGAGAUCCUGAAGCUUCCUGGAAACCAGGGACGCCCCAUGACAUCCACACCACCACUGAGCAGGAGAAGAAUCAGUCCUAUCUGGGCUGUCCAAAUGCCAGCCAACAAGGGGGUUGCGAGUUCCAGACUUGCCACAUACACAGUUAUAUAUGUGUCCCUGUGUACCAACGGGAAUUAUUUUUAAAAUAAAAGAGUGAGUUUUCCAUUUUGAGAAACUUGAAAAUAGCAACAGUAACUGCUUCUACUCUUGAGCCAAACUGUGUGUGUUAAACCAGACCCAAAUGUGUAGAGUGAAAACCACACUGUACAAGACGUUUGUCGGUAUUUUGUGCAUCGCCUCUUGCAGUAUUUCUGUAACUAAGUUCGUUGCUUUCUAUAAGAUGUUCCUCCUCAGCGCUUGGGUUUGUCACUGUUUUAAUUCUUUUGUGUGGUAAUAGUUUGAUAACUGUAAUAAAUCCUGUGGAUGCCUCUUGGCUAUUCCUUUGGUAUGAGUAAAACAGACGGGUUAGUUUCUUUCUACAACCAUUGUUCUGGAAGUCUCAAAUAAAAUCGAUGUUUGUGCUUCUA